AUGCAGGACUUCUUUAGCCUUGACGACAUGGAGAAGUUUGCCGACAUGGCCGAUACGGGCACGAUGAGGCUCGACGAGGAUGCGGACGAAAGCGAUUUCGACCUCCUCGAGGCCGGAGAUGAGGAUGGGGAUGAUGAGGCGGCGAAUGCGACGUUCGCCGACUUCUUCGGGACACCAGAUGGCAAAGCCACGAAGUCCGCCACGGGUGGGAAGGCUGCAAAGGCCAGCCAAGGAGGAAAGAAAGCCCAGACUGAAGAGUCUGAUGCAGAGGUACUGGAGGACGAGGACGCGGAGGAGGAGGAGGAAGAACCCGAAGAGCUGGAGGAGCUCGAUGAGGAGGAGAAGGCACUCGAGGCCCAGCUGAAGGCUCUCCAGUCCGGCGAGGACGAUGAGGGCGAAGAGGAGGAGCAGAAGGAGGAGGAUGAGGAGGGCGAGGUCACUGGAAAGGAAGACGGUGAGGACGGUGCAGGGAAACCUGGCUCAAAGGGCAAGGAGAAGUCUGUCUACGAAAUGGACAGGCGACUGCAGUCGCUGGAAGAGGAGGUGCGGAAGCUGGAGGAAGAGCAGCUGCAAGAGAAGAGCUGGGAAAUGAAGGGAGAGGUCAAUGCGAGGAAUCGACCACUGAACUCUCUCCUGGAGGUAGCUCUGGACCAGCCCAUGACGCACUUCGCUGCCCGCCGGGCGGAGGAGACCGCAGGGGAUGUGGAGUUGGACGAACAGGCCAUGGAAGAUGCCCCGGGCGCCGAUGCUGCAGCGGAACGGCGACCGAAGCUGGAUCUCGAGGCCAUUAUCAAGCAGCGCAUCUGGGACGAAGCUUUCGACGACGUGGUGCGCAAAGCUCAGCUUCCACCAUCCCAGCGACCACAAGGGGCGGAGGAGGAUGCCGUGGAGACCCUGAACUUCGAGAAGAGUCGCGUGGGCCUCGGCGACAUCUACGCCAAGCAGUACGAGGCGGAGAUGCUGGGCCACCAAACGGAUCAGCAGAAAGCCGAAGACAAGGAGAAGGCUGAGCUCAAGCAGCUUUUCGCCAAGCUCAUAUCCGUGGUGCCGCAACGGCGCUGGGACUCCUCGCUGCUGGUAGAGCCGGAAGCAGCUGCGCGACGAGCGCGUCAGUCCGAGAGCGACAUCGCCGCCUCACAGAGUCAUGUUGUCACGGAGGAAGUGCUUGAGCAGCCCAAGGCCGAAGGCCCCAAGACGCGCUGGGCUGGCCCCGGCUCGGGCUACCCGCGACCUGCGCGAGGACCCUACGAUGUCAAGCAGAGCUUCCAGACCCAGACGACCUCUGCGAGCACUUCCAGGCAUGCCACGAGGCCGCGAGUGAACGUCGUGUGGCACAAGAUGUCCGACCUACGGUUACAUGAUCACGAGCCUGUGUCGCGUGCUCAUCUGGAACAGCCUCGGCUGCCCGUGGUUCACAUGCAUGUGUUUGAUCCGUUUUGGUUCGGCCAGACUCGGCUGGGCCACUUUCGCAAGACGGGGUCCGUGCGUGGCCGCUUCUGGUUGGAAUGCGUGGAAGAUCUCCGAAACUCACUCGAGACACGAGGACAGCACCUCUUCCUGAGAUUUGGCAUGUCCGCCGCCGCAGCCUUAGAGCAGCUGACAGCCCAAGUCGAGAUCGCCAGAGUCUUCACCUUUGCGGAGGUCUGCUCUGAAGAGCUCCAGCAGGAGGCUGAGUUCGAGGAAGCUUUGCGACAGAUCGGAGGCUCUGCCAAGCUCGUGCGCUGCUGGGGUUAUACUUUGCACCACAUCGACGACCUCGCGCAGGGCUGCGGCAAGCCACCGGAGAGGUGGAUCAACCCGUCUCUGUCCUUCGGCUCUUUCAAGCGCGAGAUACGCAGCUGCAGGGUCCGGCCGGUGGCGGCUGAGUGGCAGCACCUGCCAAAGUCAGGACUUUCCGGGCCACCUGACGUGGACGAGGCAUGGUGGGGGGACGUCCCUUCGCUGGCAGACUUGGGCUACAACCGGGAUGAGCUGCGCGAGGCGGAGGAGGCGCGCAGCCUCUCCGCGAUUCCGUGGCGCGGUGGGGAGAGCUUGGCGCUGGCCCGGCUUCAGGCUUACAUCUGGGAGCGCCGAGCCCUGAAGCAGUAUGUGGGCACCACCGAUUGGACCGCCAACGGCAAGUGCACGGCUCCCAACGACCAAACCUCCAAGCUGUCUCCCUACUUGGCCUUUGGCUGCUUGUCUCCCCGCCUGCUUUACUGGGAGAUCCAGCGCUUCGAGAAGGGUGACCGCUGCAAAGGCGCCAAAGGCUUGAUCAACUCCCUUCUCUGGCGCGACUUCUACCGCUUCAUCGUCCACUACGCCUGGGGAAACCGGAUGUAUCAUCUCUACGGCCCCAUGAACUGCGGCUCCGUGCCGGGCGGCCACCAGACACCGACGAAGUGGUGUUGCAAGCACUACAACAAUAUCUUCGGAGGCUCGGAUCCCAGGCUCUGGACCUGGGAGAAGAACUUGGAGAAGUUUGGGAAGUGGGCCUCGGGCACCACUGGAUAUCCCUUCGUGGAUGCCGCGAUGCUGGAGCUGAAGCAGACGGGCUACAUGCUGCACCUCAAUCGGGAGACUGUGGGCUGGUUCUUCGUCCGCGAUCUCCAAGUAGACUGGCGAUUGGCAGCCGAGUGGUUCGAGAGCCGCCUACUGGACUACGACUGCGUGCUGAACUGGGGCAACUGGGCCUAUUUCAUCCUGACCCAGCUUCCAGCACGCGAAGAUGACCGUCCUGGUGGCGGGCCGCGAUACACACUACCCAGGUACUCUCCCUACCUGAUGGCCACACAGGUGCUCGGCUGGGGUCGAGAUCAUGACCCAUCUGCCGGAUACGUGAAGAAGUGGAUCCGAAGCCUUGCAUCCCUGCCGGCGGAGUUGGCGCGAGAGCCCUGGAAGCUACAGGGCGGCGACCUCGACUUGGAGCCUGUGAGCGAGGAUUUUUGGUCCUGCGCGACGUGCACGCUGCACAACCCACCGACGAAUCGGCGAUGCGAGGCCUGCAACAGCCGGCGCCCUGCCUGUCUAUCUGCAAACACCACGGCGCUGGGCAUCUACGCAGAGCAGCCGAUGGUGCCUCCACCUCCUGAGGACAGCAUGGGUCUUUGUGCGAAUUGUGGCAGCGUUGACGCCGGCUGGGCCAGCGAGGAGGCUGUGUUCUACUGCGAGACCUGCUGGGCGCAGUGGGCCACAGACACGGUGACGCUCGGAGGCGACACGCUCCGCGCAGCCCGCAGCCCGCUCUCGGGAGCGGAGUUGGGCGAAAGUCAGAUUAGCAAUGGCUGGGCCUUAGUCCCAGAAGCUGCCCUCCUCGGGCGGGUGGGCAGCGACGGCGGAACCGCUGGCGAGUUGGCGCAGCCCCCGCCGCGUAUGGCCAAGAAAGGCGGGAGGUACAAGCUUGACAUGCUGUCGAAUGCGCACUUCACGCCUAGACCGCCCAUGGCUGGCUCUUCGGCAGAGGGCCUGAAGGUGCCUUCCCUCAAAAUGGAGGAGACGAUACCACUUAUGGUUUCCGAUGCCACGUUGCAAGCGCCGGAGGAGCGGCGAGCACCUCGCCGCCACGUCAAGGAUCAAGCGGAGCUCACCCCAGACGAGAAAGCAGCAGUGCGCCGCACACGCAAAGCUGCGAGAACAAAGCGGCUUCAAGACAAGGUGGAACGCGGCGAGAUGUCGCUCGCCGAUCGUCGGGCCCGGGAUGCCAAGCUACAGGAGAAGAACAAGGCGGCAAAGCAGGAGAAGGCUGCGGCGCGGAUUUUUUGGGGGUUUGGGAGGCCCUGGGAGCUUACGCCUGCGCCAGCGACGGGGGAACAUCCUCCGACGUCCGCUCCGAGUUCUGCUGCUGCCCGGAGGCCGCAUCUCUUUUGA